AACCUGGGAGUUCUGAAAAUGCCUGAGCCAGCGAAAUCGGCGCCCGCGCCCAAGAAGGGCUCCAAGAAGGCGGUGACCAAGACGCAGAAGAAGGGCGACAAGAAGCGCAAGAAGAGCCGCAAGGAGAGCUACUCCAUCUACGUGUACAAGGUGCUGAAGCAGGUGCACCCAGACACGGGCAUCUCCUCCAAGGCCAUGGGCAUCAUGAAUUCCUUCGUUAACGACAUCUUCGAGCGCAUCGCCGGCGAAGCGUCGCGCCUGGCGCACUACAACAAGCGCUCGACCAUCACGUCGCGGGAGAUCCAGACGGCCGUGCGGCUGCUGCUGCCCGGCGAGCUGGCCAAGCACGCCGUGUCCGAGGGCACCAAGGCUGUCACCAAGUACACGAGCUCCAAGUAGAGCGUCUUCGGAACGUCAGUUUUAACCCAAAGGCUCUUUUAAGAGCCACCUAUCUUUUCAAACAGAAGGGCUGUGUUACUUUAUUGCUCGUGUAAGGUAUGUAAACAACUUUUCAUCUGUAGAUAACGGGAACGUAAGUACUCUGGUAUUUCAGCAGUUAAAAUGUAGCUGUUUAAAAGUUCAGAAAGCUUUCAACUCUGAACUACAUAAAUGUAACAAUUUAUACUAAACAUCGGUCUACAUUUAGCUAUUUUACUACCGAUUUUGAGGUUGAUUCUUGUGGCUAAGUGAAAAAUAAAAGCUAUUUUUAUUCUUAA